CUCCCUGCGCUCGCAGCAUGCAGAUCGAACCACCGUGUCGUCCCUGAUCUUCCUCGUUUUCAGAUCCAACACUAGACGAGACAGAAAACUGGCACCGAGCUAGUUCGCUUCUCUCUCAACCUCGUGCGUCGCGUGGAGAGGAUCUUCCUUCCGCGCUCGUUCUUCGAUGGAGGACGCUUACGCGAGAUCCGUCUCCGAGGUGCUCGACUUCUUCGAAGUGGACCCGAGCAGAGGGCUCAGUGAUUCCCAGGUUGCGAGACACGCGAGGCUCUUUGGUAGAAAUGUGCUGCCCAAAGAGGAAAGGACUUCCUUCUGGAAAUUGGUUUUGAAGCAGUUCGAUGAUUUGCUUGUGAAGAUCUUAAUUGCAGCUGCCCUUGUGUCCUUUGUUUUGGCUCUGGUUAAUGGUGAAACUGGCCUAGCAGCCUUUUUGGAGCCUUCGGUGAUUCUGAUGAUAUUGGCUGCCAAUGCAGCUGUAGGAGUAAUUACUGAAACAAAUGCAGAGAAAGCUCUUGAGGAGCUACGUGCUUAUCAGGCUGAUGUUGCGACUGUGUUGAGAAAUGGUUGUUUCUCUAUUCUUCCAGCUACAGAACUUGUUCCAGGAGAUAUUGUAGAAGUUAGUGUCGGAUGCAAAGUUCCAGCUGAUUUGAGAAUGGUUGAGAUGUUAAGUGAUCAGUUACGUGUUGAUCAAGCCAUUCUUACAGGUGAGAGCUGCUCCGUGGAAAAAGAGCUUGUGUGCACUGUGACAACUAAUGCUGUUUAUCAAGACAAGACGAAUAUACUUUUCUCGGGUACUGUGGUAGUUUCGGGUAGGGCAAGAGCUGUUGUUGUUGGAGUUGGUGCUAACACAGCAAUGGGCAGCAUACGUGAUUCAAUGUUGCAAACAGGGGAUGAGGCGACACCACUGAAGAAAAAGUUGGAUGAAUUUGGUACUUUUCUGGCAAAGGUCAUUGCAGGGAUAUGUGUGCUAGUAUGGGUUGUCAACAUUGGUCACUUUCGUGACCCAGCCCAUGGUGGAUUUCUACAGGGUGCAAUUCAUUACUUUAAGAUAGCAGUUGCUCUUGCAGUUGCAGCAAUUCCAGAAGGCCUUCCUGCUGUUGUGACUACGUGUUUGGCGCUUGGAACGAAGAGGAUGGCUCGACUUAAUGCCAUUGUAAGAACUUUGCCUUCUGUGGAGACCUUAGGUUGCACAACUGUUAUCUGCAGUGACAAAACUGGGACUUUGACCACCAACAUGAUGUCUGUCUCAAAGAUAUGUGUUGUUCAUUCAGUCCACCAUGGUGCAACACUUGCUGAGUACAGUGUCAGUGGGACAACUUAUGCUCCAGAAGGUUUUAUUUUUGAUAAAAGUGGGAUGAAGCUUGAAUUUCCUGCUCAGCAUCCUUGUCUUCUGCAAAUAGCGAUGUGUUCUGCACUUUGCAAUGAAUCUGUUCUACAAUAUAAUCCAGACAAAGGAGACUAUGAAAAAAUAGGCGAGUCAACUGAAGUUGCUCUCCGAGUUUUGGCAGAGAAGGUUGGCCUUCCUGGCUUUGAUUCUAUGCCUUCUGCUCUAAACGUACUGAGCAAGCAUGAACGUGCUUCUUAUUGUAAUCACUACUGGGAAAACCAAUUUAAGAAGGUUUCUGUCUUAGAAUUUUCUCGGGACCGCAAAAUGAUGAGUGUUCUUUAUAGCCGGAAAAAUAUGGAAGUAAUGUUUUCAAAAGGUGCUCCUGAGAGCAUUAUUUCAAGAUGCACUAGCAUACUGUGCAAUGAUGAUGGUUCCACUGUUCCACUGACAACUGAUAUUCAAGCUGAGCUAGAGGCGAGGCUCCACAGUUUCGCAGGAAAAGAAACUUUAAGAUGCUUGGCACUGGCCUUAAAAAGGAUGCCCUUGGGCCAACAGACAAUCUCUCUUGAUGAUGAGAAAGACCUGACAUUUAUUGGAAUGGUUGGAAUGCUUGAUCCACCCAGAGAAGAAGUCAAGAAUGCCAUGCUUUCAUGCAUGUCUGCUGGAAUACGUGUUAUUGUUGUGACUGGGGACAACAAGUCCACAGCUGAGUCCCUGUGCCGAAAGAUAGGCGCAUUUGAUCACUUGGUGGACUUUGCGGGACAUUCCUAUACUGCAUCUGAAUUUGAAGAACUUUCACCUUUACAACAAACAAUAGCUUUGCAACGAAUGGCUCUCUUCACCAGGGUGGAGCCUUCUCAUAAAAGGAUGCUGGUUGAGGCCUUGCAGCACCAGAAUGAAGUGGUUGCAAUGACGGGUGAUGGGGUUAAUGAUGCACCUGCUCUGAAGAAAGCAGACAUUGGUAUUGCAAUGGGAUCAGGAACUGCAGUUGCCAAGAGUGCCUCAGACAUGGUCUUGGCCGAUGACAAUUUUGCUUCCAUUGUUGCGGCUGUUGCAGAGGGAAGGGCAAUAUAUAAUAACACGAAGCAGUUUAUCAGAUACAUGAUAUCAUCAAAUAUUGGUGAAGUCGUGUGUAUUUUUGUGGCAGCUGUGCUUGGAAUUCCUGAUACCCUUGCUCCUGUCCAACUCCUAUGGGUCAAUUUGGUUACUGAUGGAUUGCCAGCCACUGCAAUUGGCUUCAAUAAACAAGACUCUGACGUGAUGAGAGCGAAACCUCGUAAGGUUGGUGAAGCCGUGGUCACUGGAUGGUUAUUCUUCCGUUAUUUGGUUAUUGGAGCCUAUGUAGGCCUUGCCACUGUAGCAGGAUUCAUUUGGUGGUUUGUUUAUGCGGAUAGUGGUCCCAAGUUACCAUACAGUGAAUUAAUGAAUUUUGACACUUGCUCAAAAAGGGAGACGAUGUAUCCAUGCAGCGUAUUUGAUGACCGGCAUCCUUCAACUGUAUCGAUGACUGUCCUUGUUGUCGUUGAGAUGUUCAACGCCCUGAAUAAUCUUAGUGAAAAUCAAUCUCUGCUUAUUAUUCCGCCAUGGAGUAACUUGUGGCUUGUUGCCUCCAUCAUCCUGACGAUGCUUCUCCACAUUUUAAUACUAUACGUGCAUCCACUAUCCGUCCUUUUCUCUGUAACCCCACUGUCUUGGGCUGAAUGGACUGUUGUUUUGUAUCUUUCCUUCCCUGUUAUAAUUAUCGAUGAAGUCUUGAAGUUUUUCUCAAGAAAUUCUUGCGGCAUGAGAUUCAAAUUGAGACUAAGGCGAGCUGAAUUGCUUCCUAAACGGGAAAUACGUGAUAAGUGAAGAUACAAAUCUGUGACAUCCAAUCCAAGUUAUUUAUACACACUACUUCCUAUGGAAGCAAUUUUGGGUAACAUAUCAUACACCAUUUGUGGAAGUAGCCGCAUUCUGUUCAUUGUGGAGUCUCCGUUCCAGCUUUUGUCUGCUUCAGAAAGUUACUGUGAAAGGAGGGACUCUGCAAGUUUUGAGACUUCCUGUCUAGCUGUAAUUUGAAGAGGUGCAAUGUUGUACUAUAUGGAGAGGAAACAGGCUGACAGAAAGAUGUAAUCUAAAUCUCACACCACAGUAACAUUAUAAACUCCCUUGAACGCUGACAAACAGAUUCGAGCUGUGUCUUAUGCUGUUUGCCCAAUACUGCCAGUCAGUUUCUAGCUUUUUUAAGGCUGCCUGUUGCUGGAAUUAUAGAGGCUAAUUUUGAGAACAGUCAAAGCUUGAGCAACUGGGUCAACUGAGUUAA